AGAAUUCGAUUUAUUUUUAGAGAGAGAUUGUUUGAUGGGCUAUUGAAGAAAGGUAUAAAAAAAGGAAAAGCAAAGUCAUGCUUAGCAAUAGAAAAAAAUAUUAAAAAAAAGGAAUGAAGGUUUAACUAGCUGACAUCACUUCACUUCAGUACAUAGUUCUGGGCAUCUAGAUCUUGUAGCCUACAGAAGGUUCCUUCUACAAACACUCUUUUCUAUCUCUUUCUAUUUUCAACUCUCAAUUUGUCUAUCAUCACCAAAAACCAAACAUUCAAUGAAUUCAGCAAUGAAUUGCUAUGAUAGACAACACAAAAUAAUUAAAAUUAAAAAUUUCUCACAAUGAAAUUCCAAAAUUUUUUCAACCUUUUAUUGAUCAUAUCACUAACCUUAUCUAUUGUAAUCAAUGGUGAGAAAUUCAUCAGUGUUGAAAAAACCAUCAGAAGAAUCCUGCACCAACCAUUGUUCCCAGCAAGCUCAUCACCUCCACCUGACCCAUCAUCAUUGGCCCCACCACCACCACCUGAUGCAUCCGGGUACGACCUGGAUCAGCCUUUCUUUCCGGAGGUACCAGCGGGCGGAAGCCCGUAUCAAAACCCACCACCACCAUCACUACCAGCUCAAUCCAAUGGGCUUAGUCCAAUACCAACUGCCACUCAGCCCACUAAGCCAACCAAGAAAGUGGCAAUUGCUGUUUCUGUGGUGAUAGUAACAUUAGGAAUGCUAUCAGCAUUGGCAUUUUAUCUGUAUAAACACAGGGUUAAAAACCCAGUUGAGACACAGAAAUUGGUUGGAGGAAAUUCUGGUGGUGCAAAUAAUUUAAGGACCUAUACAGAAGAAUCAAGGGUACCCCCUUCAAAUUUUCUGUAUAUUGGGACAGUAGAGCCUUCAAAUCAAAGAUCAUUGAAUCAUGAUGAUAUAGCUAAUGGAUCACCUUACCAUAAGCUAAAUAGUGAUAGUAAUAUGGUCAAUAAUGUUCCAUCUGUGAAGAGGUCAGAUCGAUAUAGGCCAAGUCCUGAUUUGCAGCCAUUGCCACCAUUGAGUAGAGCACCACCUAGGAGUGUAGCUGUGCCACAGAGGAUUACUUCUCCAACAGCUACUUUUUCAUCUUCUGAUGAUGAAAGGAGUGAUACUCUGUUUUAUACACCUCAUGGGUCAAUUCAUGGCUCUGUUGGUAGUGCUGAUGAUGGGUCUUGGAGUAAAGCUAUACGUUCGAUUGGAUUGGGUUCAAAGGGUGAAAGUCAUGCUUAUAAUGGUGGGAAUUCUUUUCCUUAUUCUAAAAGGACUUCACCAAGAUCAUGGGGUUUAGCUUCAUCAUCUCCUGAUGUUAUUAAGCAUGCCAUCAUUCCGUCUAUUAAGGCGGCAGCUCCUCCUCCUCCUCCGCCUCCCCCACCUCCGCCACAACCGGAGAUGGAAGCCAAUGAUAUAAAACAAUAUCAUUCUCAAGGGAAGCAAGAAAUUAUGUCAAAUUUACCCAAGAGGGCAAAAUUUGCUGCACCACCACCGCCACCGAAUUUAGCAUUGCUUCGAUCAAUAAGCAAUAGCAGCCCAUCUCAACCGACCUCUAAACCCCCACCUCCACCACCACCUCCUCCUCGACCACCUCCGCCUCCACCUCCACCGUUGGCACGAGCAUCAAACUCGACAGCACCAAGGAAAGUAAGUAGUGCAGUGGAAGAUGGGCCACAAAUGCCACCAUCAAAGCAACAAUUACAGACUCCUAAUCAAAGAGAAGGCCUAAGAGAGAAUUUUAAAACAGAUGAAGAGAUCAGAAAUGGAUGUAGCUCUUCAGGAAGGCCUAAUGGGGAUGACAUAGAUGAGAAAAGACCCAGAUUGAAGCCAUUGCAUUGGGAUAAAGUAAGGGCCACUUCAGAUCGAGCUACAGUGUGGGACCAGCUGAAAUCAAGCUCCUUCCAGUUAAAUGAAGAUAUGAUGGAAAGUCUAUUUGGGUGCAAUACAACUACUACGGUUAAGAAAGAAACAACAAGAAAAUCGGUUCUUCCUCCUGUUGAGAAAGAGAACCGGGUUUUAGACCCAAAAAAGUCUCAAAAUAUUGCCAUAUUGUUGAGGGCAUUGAAUGUGACACGAGACGAGGUUGCUGAAGCACUUACUGAUGGGAAUUUGGAAGGCUUGGGUGCAGAGCUCUUUGAGACAUUGGUCAAGAUGGCGCCUACCAAAGAAGAAGAAAUAAAACUGAAGGACUACAAUGGUGAUCUUUCUAAACUAGGUGCUGCUGAGAGAUUUCUCAAGGGGAUACUUGAUAUACCAUUUGCUUUCAAAAGAGUUGAAGCUAUGCUAUACAGGGUUAACUUUGAUGCAGAAGUGAAAUACCUAACAAAAUCAUUUGAAACCCUAGAGGUAGCUUGUGAAGAACUGAAAAACAGCAGACUCUUCCUCAAACUCCUUGAAGCUGUUCUCCAAACAGGGAACAGGAUGAAUGCAGGAACAAAUCGUGGAGAUGUGAAGGCUUUUAAACUCGAUACACUUCUUAAACUAGUAGACAUCAAGGGAACAGAUGGAAAGACUACAUUACUCCACUUUGUGGUUCAAGAAAUCAUAAGGUCCGAAGGUAUAGGAACGGAUGUCAAUGCUCAAACACUUGACCAAAUAAGCUCUACUAAGAAAGAAGAAGAGUUCAGGAAGCAAGGAUUGCAGAUAGUUUCAGGACUAAGUAGAGAGCUAGGCAGUGUAAAAAGUGCAGCUGGGAUGGAUUCAGACGUCCUAAGUAGCUACGUGUCAAAGCUAGAAAUGGGCCUUGAAAAAGUCAAGUUGGUAUUGCAACACGAGAAGCCAGAUUCGCAUGGAAGAUUCUUCGAGUCCAUGAAGAAGUUUCUAAAAGAAGCCGAGGAUCAAAUAGCCCGUGUCAAAGCACACGAAAGGAAAGCGUUGGCUCUUGUAAAAGAAGUGACACAAUAUUUCCAUGGUGACACAGCAAAAGAAGAAGCACACCCUUUCAGAAUCUUUCUCAUUGUAAGAGACUUCCUCUCUAUUUUGGAUAAUGUAUGUAAGGAAGUUGGAACAAUGGAGAGUAGGAGCAUGAUGGGCACAGCUCGAUCUUUUCGAAUAUCAGCAUAUGCAUCAUUACCAGUCCUCACAAAGUAUAAUGUUAGAAGAGAUGACAGUUCAGGAGACGAAGGAAUGUCUUCAUGAAACAACAGAAUAAUGCCAUUCAUAUUCAAAGAUGUAAAUGAGUCAGACCAUCAAAUGAAAAGGGAUAAAGAAAAGAGCAAAUCUAGCUCAAGUGACCAUUCAUUUAUUUCCCUAUGAGAGGCAAGAAAUACAUAUAAGAAAUUAAAGUAUGUCGGUCAGGGAAAAGAAGAUUCUUAAGAGGCAUUGACAAGAAUCAAUUGACCCUAUGGGGAAAAUUAUAGGAGCAUCUCCAGCAUCAUCUUCUGAAAAAGACCCACCAACUUCAGUGUAUAAAAUUGAGCAUUUUUGAGCUUUAGCGGAAGCAUUAUACUGUAGACAGCUUUAGUCCUUUACUACAACCUACAUUUUGGAAUUAUUAUUCCCUGUAAAAUAUUUUGAUACUUUCUGGUUUAAUUUCCUACCAAAUAUCUUAAUAAAUGAUACAACCGUCCGCAUAUUUUUUUAAA